CUAUUCCAUCAAAAUGAGCGCAAAUGUCAAAUCAAGUUUGGUUCACAUCCCGUCAGAGUCUGAUGCCUCCCCUACGACACAUAGCAGCCACGAUUCCCCGGAGCAGAUGACUGAAGAUGAUGAUCAACGAUCGAUCGCAACCCCAGUUCAUCUGGACCAAAGAGCUCGUGGAUUUGCCAACGAAUUGGAGCCUGUUGAACCUUUAUCAAGACUACCCAUUGAACGACCUAUCCAAUCGGCAGAAGAACAAAAAAUGAGUAAUAAUCCAACAGAAGAAAUUCGUCCCAAUCCCUCUACUUCGAUGUCAAAUAUUGCUGAAGAUGAUCGACCUGGUUCAGGUUUACCGCAAUUACCUCCACGUAAUCCAUAUGAUCAUCCAAUCAUCAGUUCUUCCUAUUCUCAACUUCCGAGAUCCAAUCAGAGCAUAAUUCGAUUUAUGCGCUUAUCAUCUCGAUGGUUCUUGUACGGUGGCACCUUAUCAGGUAUCAUCGUCCUUCUAUAUCAGCGAUAUCUCUUCCCCUCUCUAGAGGCUCGCACACGCGCACUCACAGCUUUGACCGCCCUCGGAGUGAAGUUAUACACUGGAUGUCUCGAGCGCGUAGGGGAUAUUGCGAAAUCAUAUUCCGGACUUCUAGGUAAACAGACGAAAGAAAUUGAGCCUCAACAAACCGGAAUAUCCGAAUCCGAUCCAGCACCUGUAACUAAACUCGAAGAUGAGACCACAGCGGUUUCAAAUGAUGCACCAAUCCCACCUUCUUCAGAAGUUCAAUCAAAACUUCAAGAACAUAACCAGUCAAUAAACCAAUCACUUGCUCGUCUCGCUGAUCUACUCCGACAAAGAGAAUUGAGGAAAACCACAUCUUCACCAUUUGAAGAGCGUCUUAAGCGGCACGGAAUUCCAGUUGAACCACAAGGCCCUCAAGUGAUCACAUUACAUCAUACUCUAAAAACCUUUGCAGAAGAGAUGGAAGCAAUCCGAUCUUCGAAUUCGAUCCAUCAUAGUCAUUUUGGCACAGCACGUCAUUUCAGUCAAUUUCUUCCACAGUUUUCUGAUUCACAGAGUGGAAAGCCUGAAACGGUAGAUAGACAUCAAAAGGUUAUCAAUGAAUUUAAAAAUGAAAUGCGUAGUUUAAAAGGUAUGUUACUCAAUCGAAGGAAUUUUGCCACUUGGAACCCGGCUUGAUAUGGUUGGGAACAUAGUAUAUGUAAAAUUAUUUAUCGUGGAGAGAUCCCAAUUUCUCGUCGUUAUUAUCGUUUGAUUUGUGUAUUUGUGUUUGGUUGAACUAAUUAGUUGAUACUUCGGUACGAGUCAUCAUGGUAUCAAUCUCCUACUCAACCUUUUCAUGAUGAGGAUCAAUUCCUUAAUCAUUGGUACCACAUGUGCCUUUU